CCAAGCAAUAUGCUGUUGAAAGUCUAUUCGCUUCAAAAUGCUGAGAGUGGAUUGGGAAGUGAUUACUUGAAGAGGAGGAAUGUAAUGCGAGUUAGGGCUGGCGGGGAACAGUUCCUUUUACAGGCGAGCAGUAUGAUGGAGGUCGUGAAUUGGGUUGAGGCGUUCCAAGCUGCGACAAAUGUGGCUCUCGAUUUGGAUGAGAGGCCUAUGCCGAAAUUGCCUCCAUUACCGAGG